UGGAGCGGAGGCUCCUUACUCGAUGCAAGAGACCAUCACCACCCCUGCGAUGCCCACGCCGCCGACGUCGGCGUCCCACUCACCCCCGAGCAACGAUGACAUCGAGAAGGUCAUCCAGAUGGCCACCGCGGCCGCAGGGAACGACAAUCGGACCCUCCCGCUGCGAGACACCCGGACGCAGCUGUUUGUCGCAAACCUGCCGUAUCGUGUGAGGUGGCAGGACCUGAAGGACCUGUUCCGGAAGUCAGGCACGGUGCUGCGGGCAGACGUGUCCCUGGGCCCGGAUAACCGCUCCAGGGGGUACGGAACGGUGCUGCUCGCUACGGCCGAGGACGCAGGACGGGCCGUGGACAUGUUCAACGGAUACGAGUGGCAGCAUCGCACGCUUGACGUCAGGGCGGACCGGAUGCGCGAUUUCGACCAGCCGUUUCCAGAGUUUGAAGAGGACGUUGGUCCGAUUGGGAAAACACUUUUCGUCGGGAACCUUCCGUUCCAUGUUCAGUGGCAAGACCUCAAGGAUCUAUUCCGACAGGCUGGCACGAUCGUUCGCGCGGACGUGGCUUUGGGACCGGAUGGGAGAUCUCGUGGGUUUGGUACGGUGCUGUUCGCAACAGAGAAAGAUGCACGGAAGGCAGUUUCGAUGUUUUCUGGAUACGACCUAAAUGGACGGCCUCUCAAGGUGCACUACGAUAAAUUUGCGCAAAACGGCGCAACCCAACAGCAUCCCUUCGAUCUGGGCCACCUCGCUUCAUCGCCCUUUGAUCUGUCCUACAAAAGCGAGCCGUACCACGGAGACUUGUUUGGCCAGUUUCCGGUUCCCGCGCCAGCGGUGCAUCCAAAUGCAUUCGACACGGGGGGACUAGGAUCGCCGAUUUCCAUGGCGCUGCAUACUCAAAUGCAACAACUACACCUCGACUCGCGUACUCCGAUACCGCAUAAGCCGCCGCCGCCGCUCGUCGAUCCAUCAUUAGCUGUGAAGCAAGGUCUGCCAACAUCCGGGGCGGCGCCGAAUCCAGCUGCACCUCCUCCUCUGUCACCUGGCAGCAGUCCGACGAGCUCGAAGCGGGCCUCGGCUUCGCCCCAUCCACAUCACCCGGGGCCAAUAGCGCUGCCGCCGCCAGCAUUGCCGCCAGGAGGAGCGAACCCUGGCUUCGGGCUGCUGACACCGCUAGGUCUGCCCCCGAUCACACCAAGCAUGCCUCCCUUCUCCUUCCUGCCGAUGCCUUCUCCGGGGAUAUCGCCGGGGCAACCCUACCUCGGGAUGGGGCCGCCGACUGCCGCGCAUUUCAUGAACGGGACGCCAUUAGCGACGCCAACGUCGCCGAUGUUCCCGAUGUAUGCUAUGUCGCCUGGCGCCUUCUGGGGCCGGCCCGGUGAGGGUGCGGUGUAUGCUGCUCCUGUCGGGCAGCCACCAGCCCCUUACGGGCCGUUUGCCGGGAGUCCAGGAGUGUUUGGGAUGCACCCGAUGGGGCCGCCGCCGCCGGUCGGGCCGACACCCGUGAUGGCUAUGGAGCCCAGCGGAUACUUUGACUUUUUGCCCACUGUCGAGAAGGAGAUCAUGAAGGAGCCAGCGAUCGCGAAGCCGGGGGAUGGGGCUGAGAACUCCGUAUGCAAACCGGCGGAUCCGUCACCCGACAACGCGCAGACACUGUCUCCUGGAAAACCUCCACCUCCACCCUCCGAUUAACUGUACUGUUCUGCUACUUACUGAUCUGGGUCCAUUGCCGUCGCAUCUUUCGCUCUUGCAUCUUCAUAGCAUAAUAUAUAUCAUAUCUCAUCCAGCAAUGCAUCAUCACCUAUCCGAAUGUUCUCUGGAGACUCUCUUUUGAUCAGACACGCACCCGUGGCACGGAACACAGUACAUCACUUUUCUGACACCCACUGGAAGACACGGCGUGGACUGCCCUGCCCUUCGUCCAUUCUUUCAUGUAUAGAGUGAUUCGCAUAACCUAGCGUCUGCCUGGGUUCCUGCGCCCUGUGGAUGCUCGGACUCUGGUUCGCCAGUGGUUCUUCGGCUGAGUCCACUUUGCUGUGGCUCACCACCCUCUAGUAGGAGAUCAUUCAUUGAUCUAAGGUUCGCGGGACUCGCUGGAAGCUUGGACGGGGCGGGCCAUUUUCUCUCUUUUUCUCACUCGCACUCGCACUCAGUAACGUGGCAUGGUCGUCCCUUCAAUCAAUGAAGAGACCCGAGCGCUUUUUCAGUGAGAUUCGUGUGGAUUCUUUUUUCCUUGUUUCAAUGGAUUCGUAUUGCGAAUGACAAAAAGUAGUUGUAGCCGUAUCAUGAAACUCUUCGGAUGUAGGAAGAAUCGUCAGAGCGAUUAAGAGGGCGUCGUUCGAGACCAUCAAUACAAACUCGCAAGGAGUCUGCCCAGCAGCGUGUCAGCAUCAACAGAACGUUGACUCGACGCCGAAGGCAGGUUGUGGUUCAGCAACAACAAGCAUGAGCCGUGACGCAAACUUAUAUAGGCGCGUCCGGCAAUUUCCGUGAUCCGCGCCGAUGCCGAUGAUCCGCUGUACUACUUUUGGGGCGGUGGUCAGUGCUUCAGAAUCUCACCACCAUGUCUUUCAACUUCAGAGGCUGGUUCUCUGGUUUGUUCUCAGCGCCUCCGGCCCUAUCCAGGAUGCGUCUUGGCCCGGAGGAAAGCACAGACAACGCCCUGAUGCUCCAAUUCUUCACCUGGGAUGCGCUCCAAAGCGACAUGAGCUGGUGGGCGCAUGUGGAGCGCGAGGUCCCCGGGCUGUCCGAGAUGGGUUUCACGCAGUUCUGGCUCCCUCCGCCGAACAAAGGUGCGGAACCCCUCGGUCGGGGCUACGAUGCAUACGACCUCUGGGAUCUCGGUACGGUCCCGACGAGGUGGGGAACGCGCGAGGAGUUCCUCCGGGCUUGCGAUGGUGCGAAGAAGCAUGGGGUGGACAUUCUCAUCGACGCGGUCCUCAAUGUCCGUCUUCGGUGCCUUGCUAUCCCGUCAUUGAACCUGCCCACACAGCACAAACUCGGCGCGGACCGGUUCGAGAGCUUCCCUGCCGUCCAGGUCAAUCCGGACAAUCGGAUGCAGGACAUGGGGCCUGCACGGGAGAUUGAUGGAUGGACCGCCUUUGAUUUCGAAGGCAGAGGCACUAGGUGCGACACUCGAGCGCGUUGCGCUAAUGUGUGUUUAUCAUGCGACAGUACAGCAGCUUCCGAUGGAACCAGGAGCAUUUCACCGGACUCGACUGGGAUCAUAAGACACAGACCAAGGCUAUCUUUCGGAUUUCAGGCAAAGGACGGAAGGGAUGGUCACAAUAUGUGCAUCCAGCUCGUGUCCACGGAACUCGGAAACUACGACUAUCUUCUAGGUAUUGAUAUAGACCACAGACAUCCGGACGUACAGAAAGAUCUGUUGGAUUGGGGCUUGUGGAUCACUGAGACCACGGGCGCGUCAGGAUUCAGGCUGGAUGCUAUCAAACACAUGGACCGCCGGUUUUUGUACACUUUCCUGAAUCAUGUGAGGAACGCCCAUCCUCAGAUGUUUGCCGUCUGCAAGUCCAGAGUAUUGGUCCUCCGAAGCAGUAUCAAAGAUGUGGCCGGCUAUAUCAAAGCAUUCAAAGGCCAGGUAUGGGACUCUUUCUCCCUUGUUCAGCGUUCUUACAUUCACAUUGAGACCGCUUUCUUCGACGUGCCUCUGCAUCACAACUUCCAUCUCGCAAGCAAGCAAGGGUCCCGAUACGAUCUCCGCAAGAUACUAGACAACACGAUCGUCAAGUGGAAACCUGGUGAUGCCGUCACCUUUGUCGACAAUCACGACACAGUCAUCGGGCAAAGUCUCGAAAGCUGGGUCGGCGACGACUUCAAACUGCAAGCCUACGCGCUCAUCCUUCUCCGCGGACAUGGUCACCCAUGCGUGUUCUAUGGGGACCUGUAUCCCAACAAGGAGUGCUUCAACCCCCGGAUCGCACAGGCGCUGCGACUGCUGAUCGAAGCGCGCAAGCGAUUUGCAUAUGGCGCCUGCGUGGACUACCGCACAGACAAGAACUGCAUUGGAUUCGUGCGCCACGGCGAUUCCACGCGCCCGGGAUGCGUGGUUGUAUUGAGCAACAGAGACCCUGUCGCUGGGGCUGCGCACGAUCAAAUACGCAUGUCGGUCGGGCGGACCCUCGCGGGUCAGACAUUUGUCAGUUUCCUGACUCCCCAGGACAGCGGAGUGCAAGUCGAGUCUGAUGGAUCGGCCGUCUUCUCCUGUCCCCCGAACCAAGUACAAAUCUGGACACAAGCCUAAUCUUACAACAUUUAUGUACCGUAAUUAUCAAUGCUGCUACACCCCGCCACUAAUCAAAGAAACUAUCUUCCGUCGUCAUCACACUCUCCGCACCCGACGGCCGGCUUUUGUCGCUCGGAGGGCUGUCAUCUGAUCUCGACCGGUCCUCGAGUGCAAUCGCGCGGCUGAGGUGCGUCGUUGCGGCCUCUCCCCCCAUGUGCGCGAGCUCGUGCUGCUGCUGCGCGCCAUCGAAUAUGACAGCGGUUUCUUCCAGGGUGCGGCCUUUGGUCUCGACGAUGUAGAACCAGACAAACACCAACUCGAUGACGAGCCAGCCGACGUAGACAAGAUAGUACCACCAUCCGAUCGCAUCGAUGGCCCUGAUGGCGGCAGUUCACGUGAGGGGCAAUUCCAGAUGAAUAGACAGAAAGCACUGACCAUGGAUUCACAAACUGGUUGAAUGCCGUGGUAAGGAACACCGUGAGAUUCUGUGUCGGUCAAGCACAAUCACAUGGACGCGGCAGGCCCCACUGACCAUCAGGGCGAACCCCUUGGCUCGGAUUUUGUACGGGAGAAUCUCGAGUGUAUACGCCACCAACAUCGGGGUGUACGCCAGGUCGUAGAAAAAGUAGAAGAUGAAGAUGAUCGGGAUCGUGGCUGGCACCGGUCCGCGUCAGCAAUCCGCCGGCAGAGGCAAAAUUCCGGGCGAUGCAAGUGGAGAACCACACACACCUUUGGCUGCAGCAGUCUUGUGCAGGCUGUUGAAGAUGCCCUCGCUGAUGGUCCACAAGAUGAACGCCGCGAGCAUUCCCGCAUUCGACACCAGGAACAGCGUCCGGCGUCCGACGUAGUCCACCAGGAACGACGCCAGCACCGCCACGAGGAAGUUGAACACCUGGAGCGCAGCGUUGAUGCCUGCUUUGGUCUUGGUACCCGAGAUCCCGACGCCGUUGAGGACAAGGUUGAUGUAGUAGCUGACCAGGCCAUUGCCGGACCACUGCGAGAAGACGGCGAUCGCCAGUAUGAUCCGCAUGCGCUUCCGGUUGCCUGGCGUCGUAAGCAGCGACCAGUAAGUGCCUCGGUCGAUGUCCUCCUGCACCCUCAAGGCAUGCCGGAUCUGGGCGACUUCAAACUGCACGAGAGGAUGGGGGCCGAUCUCGCCAUUCGCAUGGUACUGAGUCAGAAUCUUGGUGGCCUUGCCUUCCUGGGAGAAGAUCAGUACCCGGUCCGCAUUGCAUCCGGUGGAAAGAAACACCCACAAAGCCUUUGGACAACAGAAACCGUGGUGAUUCUGGCACGAACCUGGAACCAGUUGAGUUAAGUCCCAUUCUCGAUAGCGCGGGGUCAAUACCAGAUGAGCGUGACUUGCAUCAUCGGAAAAACAGCCUGGACGAGAAUGAAUGCCGACAUAAUGCUUCCCAGAUACCAGUUAGAGUUGUACAGGGCAGUGAUCUUCCCCCGCUGCGUCGGAUACGCUAGUUCGAUCAGAAGAAGCGGCGCCGCAUUCAAGCAGAAUGAAAGCCCCAGUCCAACUGUCCAUCCCGUAAAUGCGAUGAUCCAGAGGGGAGAUGGGAGAGAACACACUUAGAAUACGCCCGCAGAUCAACACUGUGACAGUCCACGCCGAAAUCUGCAGGGCGACCCCUGCGAGCAUGAUGACAGAUCCUAGAAACAACGUCGGGCGUCGUCCCAGGGAGUCAGAUGCGAGCGGUGUGAACGGCAAGGCCUUCAGACAAGAUCAGCGGUGAAAUCAGUUCAGAUCAGACUGAAG